AUGGUGGGCUUGCAGAACGCAGGAAAGUCGUCUCUGCUGCGAGUGCUGGCGGGAGGAGAGUUCACUGUCGAGUAUGUGCUGGGUGGCGAAUAUCGUGUGUUUUUUUAUCUUGGACUGACCAGGAACUUGGAAAAAAACAGUUCUAUACCCACCAUCGGCUUCAACACCAAACGGGUGCAAAAGGGCCACGUAACUCUAAAAUGCUGGGAUCUGGGUGGUCAACCUCGCUUCCGACCUAUGUGGGAGCGAUACUGUCGAGGUGUCAACGCCAUCGUAUACAUCGUGGAUGCGGCGGACAAGCAGAGCCUGGCGGCGUCGACGGACGAGCUGCACGACCUGGUGAGCAAGCCGACGCUGGAAGGGAUCCCGCUGCUGGUGCUGGGCAACAAGUCCGACCUGCCGGACGUGCUCUCCGUCGACGAGCUGAUCGAUGCGAUGGAGCUGAAGAGCAUAACGAAGCGGGAGGUGAGCUGCUACGGCAUCAGCGCAAAGGAAGAGACCAACCUCGACGCCGUCCUGCGGUGGCUCAUCGCCCGGUCGAGCCGGUGA